AUGGCAUUUGGACGCAAUGGUCUCGCGAUCAACAAUGAUUUCAAGCAAUAUUUUUUGCGCGUUUCGUAUGAUCGGAUAAAGACUUCGUACGAUGAAUUCGAAAUCAGUUCGAUAUUCGAGGAUGCGAGCACGUCAGCAACUCAUGAAAAUCCGAAUUUAUUUCAUACUCCAAGGAAUGACAUAAACGACAUCCAACAAACAACCAAUGACCCAUUUGAAAUCAUUGACUCGAGCGACGAAGAGGAUCAAGCAUCGAAAAUGGAACGUACCAUUCGGUACAAUGGCCAUGGCAUAUCACAUCAAUCAAACGAUUAUGUUGAAUUUGACAACGAUGGAAGCUACACCGAAAUGUCUAACAUGAAAUCAAACUUGUUUGAUUAUCAAAGGGAUUUUUCGCAAAACAGAAAUGGACAUCGUAUUAGGAUUGAAAUGGAAAACGCAAUGAAAGCGGAGGUAAUGGAACUGGAUGACGGCUUCCCGAUAGCUGCCAUUGAUGUACACCGUGCUAUGAACACAACGGUCCAAAAUACAUCAACUGUCAAUUUGAACAAUGCAGCAAACAACGUCAAUGGUGCCAAAAAGAAUAACAUGAGAGGAAGAUCCGUUGGACGUCAAAAAAACCCGGCUGAAGUGGGUUCAACUCCAAAAUUAUUGCAAAGUAAAAAAUCAACUUCACCAAACACAAUGGGGACGAAGAAGCGAUUCCAAUGCGAAGUUUGUGAAUAUUCCAGUAAUCAUAAGGGGCAACUAAAUGUGCACACGCGUAUUCAUACAGGUGAAAAACCAUAUCGAUGUGAUAUUUGCCUCAAAGAAUUCACACAGUCACAUCACAUGAGGAAGCACAAAGUAGCUCAUACCGAAAAAAUACCGUUCCAUUGUCGAGGUUGUUUGAAUGGAUUUUCCCAGAAGGCCGAAAGAGAUGCACAUGAAAAGGUGUGCAAAAGACGUCGAUAUGAAUGCCAUGUCUGCAAGAAGUUUGUCACUGUUGGUAUAACUCAUUUGAAAGGUCAUAUGCGAACGCACAACGGUGAAAAACCAUUCCGAUGCGAGAUUUGUAUG